GGCAGAUGGUGGUAUCAACAUCGAUAAAGCAGUUUAAGGCUUUCGAGGAGUUGUUUUAUACGUAAAUAAAACAAUACAAGAUAUUUUUUUCAUUUAUAAUAAAGUACCUUUGAAAAUAUACCGCAGGUAAUUUUUAUUGAAAGUAUUAUUUGGAGUUAAGACAAAAAGUGAAAAGAGGUUGCGUAUGAGGAUUAAAAUGGCGGCGGGCUGUGUCGGUAAAGCAGAGUGUGCGAUCCAAGCGGGGCGACACGCAAGCGCUUCGGGCCGCGGGCACAGGUAGGUUAAGAUUCACGGUCCGCCGCACUUGAUGCUCCUGUGCACACUCGGCGACGACGCGACGACGCGGCGCCUGCACAGCCAGCAUCCGACACCGCCACGCGCCAUGCACGAGGAUCUGUUCGGUGAUACAGUGAAGUGAUCAUCAUUGUGAUUGUUCGUUUGAUAAGUGCCAGUGUGUGGUGAUAUGACGAGGACGAGCGGCGCUUGAUCCGGCCACACGCGAGAGGAUCUUAACGGUCGGGUCCGUGACCAUAUGCCGUCGUCAUCAUGGUGAUAGUCACUAGGGGCGAUUACAUAUGGAUCGAGCCAGUGUCGGGCCGCGAGUUCGAUGUGGCCAUUGGGGCGCGCGUGCUCGCGGCCGAGGGGCGCCGCAUCAGGGUGCGCGACGACGACGGCCAGGAGCAAUGGCUGCCGCCGGAGCGACGCAUCAAGGCCAUGCACGCGACCUCGGUGCACGGCGUCGAGGAUAUGAUCUCACUCGGCGACCUACAUGAGGCCGGCAUCCUGAGGAACCUGCUCAUUAGAUACAAUGAGAACCUCAUUUAUACCUACACCGGUUCAAUAUUGGUCGCAGUGAACCCAUACCAGAUACUGCCGAUCUACACUGCAGACCAGAUAAAGUUAUACAAAGAGCGGAAAAUCGGCGAACUGCCGCCGCACAUCUUCGCGAUAGGCGACAACGCGUACGCUCACAUGCGGCGCUACGGGCAAGACCAAUGUAUCGUCAUCAGUGGUGAAUCGGGCGCCGGCAAGACUGAGUCUACCAAGCUUAUCCUCCAGUAUCUCGCCGCUAUUAGUGGAAAGCAUUCUUGGAUAGAACAACAGAUCCUGGAAGCAAAUCCGAUUCUGGAGGCGUUCGGUAACGCGAAAACAGUGAGAAACGACAAUUCGUCUCGGUUCGGCAAAUACAUCGAUAUUCAUUUUAACGCAAACGGCGUCAUCGAAGGUGCUAAAAUAGAGCAGUAUUUAUUGGAAAAGUCCCGAAUCGUAUCUCAAGGUCCCGAGGAAAGAAACUACCACGUGUUCUACUGCUUACUUGCUGGAUUAUCCAAAGAGGAAAAGAAGAAACUAGAACUAAGCGACCCCUCAGAAUAUAGAUAUCUUUCUGCGGGAGGCAGCUUUUCCUGCGAGGGCAGAGACGAUGCUGCCGAGUUCGCCGACAUCAGAUCCGCUAUGAAAGUCCUUCUAUUCACCGAAGCAGAAAUAUGGGAGAUUUUAAAGUUACUAGCGGCUGUUCUACACUGCGGCAAUAUCAAAUACGAAGCAACUGUAGUAGACAAUUUGGAUGCCACUGAAAUUGUAGAACAAGCGAAUGUUAGGAGAGUAGCCCAUUUGUUAGGUGUUCCAACACAGACCUUGAUCGGUGCUUUGACAAGAAAAACGUUGUUUGCACACGGAGAAACUGUCGUAUCCACACUGAGCAGAGAUCAAUCAGUAGACAUUCGUGAUGCUUUUGUUAAAGGCAUAUAUGGCAGACUAUUUGUGACUAUAGUGAAAAAAAUUAACGCAGCUAUUUACAAGCCCAAGUCGACAACGCGAACAGCUAUAGGUGUUCUAGACAUAUUUGGUUUCGAAAAUUUUGAUCACAACAGCUUCGAGCAGUUCUGUAUAAACUUUGCGAAUGAAAACUUGCAACAAUUUUUUGUUAGACACAUUUUCAAAUUAGAACAAGAAGAAUAUAAUCACGAGGGAAUAAACUGGCAGCAUAUAGAAUUUGUUGAUAAUCAAGAUGCUUUAGAUUUGAUAGCGCUGAAACAACUUAAUAUCAUGGCUUUAAUAGAUGAAGAAUCGAAGUUUCCAAAGGGCACUGACCAAACUAUGUUAGCUAAGCUGCACAAGACUCACGGCCUUCACAGAAACUACCUCAAACCAAAGUCCGACAUCAACACUAGUUUUGGCUUAAAUCAUUUUGCUGGGAUAGUGUUUUAUGAUACCAGAGGUUUUCUGGAGAAAAAUCGUGAUACAUUUAGUGCUGAUUUAUUACAAUUAAUACAUAUUUCAACGAACAAGUUCCUGCAGCAAAUUUUCCAAGACGACAUCACCAUGGGAUCAGAAACACGAAAACGCACACCCACUCUUUCAACACAGUUCAAAAAGUCAUUAGAUUUAUUGAUGAGAACUUUAGGGACUUGUCAACCAUUCUUUAUACGAUGUAUCAAACCAAAUGAAUUUAAGAAGCCUAUGUUAUUCGACAGAGGGCUAUGUUGUCGACAGCUAAGAUAUUCUGGCAUGAUGGAGACUAUUCGAAUAAGAAGGGCGGGGUAUCCCAUACGGCACAGUUUCAAGGAAUUCGUAGAAAGAUACAGAUUUUUGAUAUCUGGGGUCCCACCAGCGCAUAAGACGGAUUGUAGAGCCGCAACAGCAAAAAUUUGUGCUACUGUUUUGGGGAAAUCGGAUUAUCAGUUAGGUCACACGAAAGUGUUCCUUAAAGAUGCUCAUGACUUAUUCCUUGAGCAGGAGAGAGAUAGGGUAUUGACUAGGAAGAUAUUGAUCCUUCAAAGGUCUAUAAGGGGUUGGGUUUAUCGCAGAAGAUUCUUGAAAAUGAGAGCUGCCGCUGUUCUCAUUCAGCGUCAUUGGCGUGGAAAAUUGCAGAGGAUCCGAUACAACAAAAUGAAAGUGGGAUACGCGCGUCUGCAAGCCCUCAUAAGAGCAAGAGUUUUAGCUCACCGCUUCAGGCAUUUACGAGGGCAUAUUGUUUCUUUGCAAGCGGCAGCUCGCGGCUACCUGGUACGUCGCUCAUACGGGCAUAAGAUGUGGGCUAUAGUAAAGAUCCAGAGCCACGCGCGGCGACUGAUCGCCGUGCGGCGUUACCGGCGACUGAAGCAAGAGGCGCGUGCGCACCACGAGGCUCUGAGACUGCGGAGACAAGAGGAACAGCGGCUCCAUCACCAGGGCAACGCGCGCGCCAAGGAGAUCGCCGAGCGGAACUACCGGGAGCGCAUGCAUGAACUAGAAAGGCGCGAAGCAGAGUUGGCUUUGGAAGAGAAGCGGCAGUUGGAAGCAAAGAGGACUUUAUUACAAGAAGCGGCUCGCAAGCAAGACGAGCCGGUGGACGAUAGCAAGCUGGUGGAAGCCAUGUUUGAUUUCCUGCCGGACUCCAGUAGCGAGGCUCCGGCACCAAAAGACACCUCUGUGUUCAGUGAUCUGCCUCAACAGAGAGCUGAUCAGCAAGAGAUGGUUACACCAAUGCAAACUACCUCGGAAGACGAAGAAGAUCUCUCCGAAUAUAAAUUCCAAAAGUUUGCAGCCACUUAUUUCCAAGGUAACGUCACACAUCAGUACUCGAGGAAACCAUUGAAACAUCCCCUGUUACCACUGCAUACGCAAGGCGAUCAAUUGGCUGCACAAGCAUUAUGGAUUACUAUUUUGCGAUUUACUGGGGACCUGCCAGAGCCCAGAUAUCACACGAUGGACAGAGACAAUACAUCCGUCAUGUCGAAAGUCACAGCCACCCUUGGCAGAAACUUCAUCAGAUCCAAAGAGUUCCAAGAAGCUCAAUUGAUGGGAGUUGAUCCAGAUGCUUACUUGAACAAGCAAAAACCAAGAUCGAUCAGACACAAAUUAGUAUCGUUGACGCUUAAGAGGAAAAACAAACUAGGAGAAGACGUUAGACGUAAAUUACAGGAUGAAGAAUAUACAGCUGAUAGCUAUCAGUCAUGGCUAGAAUCUCGCCCAACUUCUAAUUUAGAAAAACUACAUUUCAUAAUUGGCCAUGGUAUCCUUCGCGCUGAAUUGAGGGAUGAAAUAUAUUGCCAAAUAUGCAAACAAUUAACGAAUAAUCCAUCGAAGUCUUCGCAUGCCAGGGGAUGGAUUCUUUUAUCAUUAUGUGUUGGAUGCUUUGCCCCCAGUGAAAAGUUUGUGAACUAUCUCAGAGCAUUUAUUAGAGAAGGUCCUCCUGGCUACGCUCCUUAUUGUGAAGAUAGACUGAAAAGAACUUUCAAUAAUGGAACUAGGAAUCAGCCACCUUCUUGGUUAGAGCUGCAAGCUACAAAAUCAAAGAAACCAAUAAUGUUACCCAUAACGUUUAUGGACGGGAAUACAAAAACUUUAUUAGCUGAUUCAGCGACUACAGCAAGAGAACUUUGCAAUCAGUUGUCCGAUAAAAUUGGAUUGCGUGAUCAAUUCGGUUUUUCGUUAUACAUUGCUCUGUUUGACAAAGUCAGUUCACUCGGAAGCGGAGGUGAUCACGUUAUGGAUGCGAUAUCUCAAUGUGAACAAUAUGCAAAAGAACAAGGGGCACAGGAAAGAAAUGCUCCGUGGAGAUUAUUCUUUAGGAAAGAAAUAUUCGCGCCCUGGCACGAUCCCACAGAGGAUCAAGUUGCCACAAAUCUUAUAUACCAGCAAGUAGUCAGAGGGGUGAAGUUUGGCGAAUACAGAUGUGACAAAGAAGAAGACCUAGCAAUGAUUGCAGCUCAGCAAUAUUAUAUUGAAUACGCUCAGGACAUGAAUAAUGAGAGGUUAUACACACUACUACCUAAUUACAUACCAGAUUAUUGCUUAACAGGAGUAGAAAAAGCAGUCGACAGGUGGGGAGCCCUCGUUGUGCAAGCUUACAAAAAGAGUUAUUACGUCAAAGAGAAAAUACCUGCUUACAGGGUUAAGGAGGACGUCGUUAGUUAUGCCAAAUUCAAGUGGCCCUUGCUUUUCUCUAGAUUUUAUGAAGCUUAUAGGAAUUCAGGUCCCAAUUUACCGAAGAAUGACGUUAUAAUAGCAGUAAAUUGGACUGGUGUAUACGUCGUGGAUGACCAAGAGCAAGUGUUAUUAGAGUUAUCAUUCCCAGAAAUCACUACUGUAUCAAGCCAGAAAACAAAUAAAGUAUUUACUCAAACAUUCAGUUUGGCUACAGUUCGUGGUGAAGAAUUCACAUUCCAAAGUCCGAACGCAGAAGAUAUUCGGGAUCUAGUAGUUUACUUUCUAGAAGGCUUAAAGAAACGGUCAAAGUUUGUUAUAGCUCUACAAGAUUACAAAGCUCCUGGAGAGGGCUCAAGUUUCUUAACAUUCCAAAAAGGAGAUCUAAUAAUUUUAGAAGAAGAUAGCACAGGUGAAUCUGUGUUAAAUAACGGUUGGUGUAUUGGCCGAUGUGAACGCACCAUGGAAAGAGGCGAUUUUCCCGCCGAAACAGUGUACGUUUUGCCCGCAUUAACAAAACCACCACCGGACAUUUUGACAUUGUUCUGCCAAGAAGGCGCACAACAUGGUCGCAAAAUACCAACUGGUACACUCAAUGGUACGGACACGAGAGACAAGCCUCAUACAUUAUUGGAGUAUGCAUUAGACCAUUUCAGAUUACCACCAAAACGCACAGUGUCAAAAACGCUUACCCUAUCUACGGCCAAGAGAGGAGGUGCAGACGAGUUAUGGAGACAUUCCAGAGAACCAAUAAAACUACCACUUCUGAAAAAGUUACAGGCAAAGGAAGAGCUAGCAGAAGAAGCAUGUUUUGCUUUUACUGCGAUAUUAAAAUAUAUGGGCGACCUGCCGUCCAAACGACCACGUAUUGGCAACGAGUACACUGAUCACAUAUUUGAUGGUCCUUUGAAACACGAAAUUCUUCGCGACGAAAUUUACUGCCAAAUAAUGAAACAACUGACUGACAAUAGAAAUAGAAUGUCCGAAGAGAGGGGCUGGGAAUUGAUGUGGUUAGCGACUGGAUUAUUUGCAUGUAGUCAAGGGUUACUUAGAGAACUAACAUUAUUCCUUCGAACUAGACGUUAUCCAAUUGCUCAAGAUUCACUUCAAAGACUCCAAAAAACAUUGAGGAAUGGUCAAAGGAAAUAUCCUCCGCAUCAAGUUGAAGUAGAGGCUAUUCAACACAAGACUACACAAAUAUUCCACAAAGUGUACUUUCCCGAUGACACAGACGAAGCUUUCGAGGUGGAUUCUUCUACGAGAGCGAAAGACUUCUGUCAAAACAUCGCACAGAGACUGAAUCUCAGAUCUAGUGAAGGCUUUAGUUUAUUCGUUAAGAUAGCUGAUAAGGUUAUUUCAGUGCCUGAGGGCGAUUUCUUCUUCGAUUUCGUUAGACAUCUUACUGACUGGAUUAAAAAGGCGAGACCCACUCGCGACGGCAUCACACCGCAAUUCACGUAUCAGGUGUUCUUCAUGAAGAAGCUGUGGACGAACACAGUGCCGGGCAAAGACCGCGCUGCCGACGUGAUCUUCCACUUCCACCAGGAGCUGCCCAAGUUACUGCGCGGCUACCACCGCUGCGGCCGCGACGAGGCCGCGCGCCUGGCCGCACUCGCCUACCGCGCGCGCUUCGGAGACAACAAGCAGGAGCUGCAGGCCAUACCACAAAUGCUUCGCGAGCUGAUACCGGCUGACCUGGUAAAACUUCAGAGUUCAGCCGAUUGGAAGAGGGCCAUAGUCGCCUCUUACAACCAGGACGCGGGAAUGACGCCCGAGGACGCCAAGAUCACAUUCCUGAAGGUCAUCUAUCGGUGGCCGACCUUCGGCUCCGCCUUCUUCGAGGUCAAGCAGACCACGGAGCCGAACUACCCGGAACUACUGCUAAUCGCUAUCAAUAAACAUGGUGUUAGCUUGAUUCACCCGCAGACAAAGGACAUCCUAGUGACGCACCCGUUUACGAGAAUAUCUAACUGGUCUUCGGGCAACACUUACUUCCACAUGACCAUCGGUAAUCUGGUGCGAGGAUCGAAGCUGCUGUGCGAGACCUCACUGGGCUACAAGAUGGACGACCUUCUCACUUCCUACAUUUCUCUAAUGCUUACCAAUAUGAACAAACAACGAUCUGUGCGCGUAAAGUGAGAAAUCUCAAGGACCUUCAUAACAAUCUGGUUCAUAUACCCAAUAUUCAAACUUUAUAGCAUCUUGAAAUGGUUCCUGAAUAAAAGGAUAGUUUGGUGAUGACAAAGAAUGCAAACGCGGCGAGACAAGUAAAACGAGACUUUAAUACCACAAAAAAUAGUUUUUUUUUAAUAAUUUUAAACAGUGUCCGUUGUGAUGCGACCAAUCUAAUCUAAAAAUCUAAAUCUAAUCUAAUCUAUAAAGCACAAGAAAUGAUUUGCUUAUUUAUGUUGUUUAUAGUCAAUGGUCUUUAACUUGUAUGCAGGAACAUACCCAUACUAUGUGACCCACUUUCAAAAAUUUUUUUAUUUAAAAUUUCCUCCAAUAAAGUCAAUAUCCUCUGGGAUAUUUAUUGUGACGAAAACCAAAUAACUUACUCCCCAACUGUAACCAAGCAUGGCAUUUGGAACCUCCUCCUCCCCCCUAACCGGGUCACGUAGUAUGCGUGUGUUCCCUAAGGAUAUACUCUACUAACUCGUCUUUUUAUAGUGAACCGUAAAUUACUUUAAAAUUAUGACGGAAACAUCGAGAAUCCCGUGGGUCAGAAGAUAUCAGUGUCUAAUAAAAAUGCGAGUAAUAUAAGAGGAUCGCGCUGGACAGAAAUCCAGCUUUUUAAAAAGUGAUACGACUUUAAGAAAAACUAUCAACUAAACAUAAUUGAAAAUACCUAAAAAUAUGCAUUCAAUGAAUGCUACAUUAAUUGCAAAAAAAACAUUAAUACCUACAUAAAAUAAGACAAUAACAUCUGUCAGAAGUUUUGAAGCUAUGCUUGUAGAAGGUCGCCCUACAGCUGUUACAAAUAAGCAAAAACAAUUAAAUUACAGUCGUUAAAAUAAACGUCUGUGUCAACAAAGGCACAUGGGUUUUCCAAUGAGUUUUUGCUUGGAAGCAAUUUUAACAAGACAUUAGUAUAUGUCUAUGUUGAGUAGUUACUUACCUAAUCAUGCAAAUUACGGAGUAAUGACAAGUCAGUAGCUGUUACUUUUUGUAUUUUACUUCUUAGCUGAGGGAGAAGCCACAGCACUGCGUCGCGGCGUCGCACCCCGUAGAAAUCUAAGACGUCGUACUCGUACAACUACAAAGCAUCACGGUAUUAUCCGAUGCGUUGCCGGCCGUCGCGAUGAUUUUUGAUAUGUAACAUCUUUCCUCUCGCUUUCGUACAAUUUGUGGGAGUGAUUACGUGAAAUGGGUCGGAAGUGUGUAACAGGAAGUUUGGGAAGCGCGCGCUAUUUGAUUUGAUUUUAGAACAUAAUGUUCUAAUGGCUUAUUCCUUUUGUAGUAGGUUUUAUUUCUUUUAUUACUAAUAUAAGGUGAGGUUUCAAUUAAUGUUACACACGACUAUUGUAAGGCUCGCUCGUUUUUUUUUUCGUUGCGUCAUCUCAUCCUAUUGCGAUGCGACGUCGUUUUUGCGAUUCGACAUCGCAACGCAGUGAUGUAUUCUCGCUCUGAGGGCCCCGCGCAUACGGCGGUUUUUUAAGUUCCGGUACACAGUCCGCGCCCGUUUUAGAAUCGCAUAAAAAUAACUUAAUUACUUAAGAGUAUUUCUAGUGAUAAAUAUAAUAUCAUAGCGUUUACAGCGUGCAAUGGUGUAUUCGUCGUAUGAACGGGACCUUAGUCUCGUUUAUUAACUGAAAAUUCUUAAGACCUUACACUAAUGACACGAAAAAGCAGCUUACUAUGGAUAAAAUAUAGGUCCUAAUACUUACCUACUCUCAAUAUUGUGAAUAAUUAAUUAUCCGAAUUUUAUCUGUCCAAUGUAAGUAGCUAUGCUUAUUCAACUCGGUACUGUUUUUUUUACUUAUUCAUUACCUACAUUAUUUGUAGGUAUUUAACCAGCACGUUGGUAGGUAGCUACUAAUAAUUUGAUAAAGUUUUAACAUGAUUUAAUUCUGAAAUUGGACCGGCAAAAUAUGUGGUAUAACUGUAUAAUUAUCCCUUAAUUUAAUAUACAUCACAAAUCCAUUGUAUAUUUUUUGUAUAAAAAUAUAAGUGCAUGCACAAUGCGAUUGCUUAAAGCUGCAUUAUCGUAACUUACUAAAAAGAUCAAAGUAAUUUACACUAUCCGUCCAUUAUAAUAUUAUUAUGUAAAAGCUAAGCGAAGAUUGAUAGACAAAAUUAUUAUUUUUAACGUUCCCAUAGUUAGCCUGAAUAUAUUAAAUAUAACAUAGAUGUAAGUACAACUCAUAUAAUGAAAAAAGGUACUUGAAUCAUUGUAAAAUGUUUGAAUUGACCUGCAGCUAAUUGUUUGCAGAUUAUUUUCUAUUUAUAUUUACAAACUUCAUAUUUAAUACCUAGACGCGAUAUAUAAAUGCAAGUCAGAUGUUUGUUAAUUAACUGAAAAGUUAAUAUUUUGUUAGUGGGGUCAGCACACGAUAUAAUUUGCGUUAAAGUAGACUUAAUAGCUACCUUAAUGCAGCUUAAAUCAUGACAUGACCUACACGUGUGUUCGUGUCGUUAUUAUGUCAAUUAACUAAGUUAUAAAAGAUCUGUUAUUAAUAAAUUAGGUGAACGGUUAGGAUUAAAAGAAAUGAAUAAAUUAAACUGUUAUUUUUGCUAUUUGUUGCCUUAUUAAAAUGGCUACAGCUUAUGAUCUAAUGUAUUUACAGCCACACUAAGUGAUAAUAUUACAAAAAUAUAAAAUUAAACUCUCGUAAAAUCACUCAUAGGUUAUCGUAAUAUAGAUAAAAAAAAUGUGUUAAAAAUGACGAUUCAAGCACUUACCACUUUAUUACAAAACGUAUACUAAAGUUAAACCUGGAGUAAAACAUGCUGUCGCUAAAAAGAAGACAGAGACUUUUGGUUUAAACUAAGACUAACUGUAGUCUGCGUUUUGGAAUAAGGCGGUUAAGUAGCAAUUUAUGAAAUAUUAAAUACACUAAAAAUAUGAAACUUCUAACAUAUAAAUUAUACAUCAGUCAUCUCAACUUAUAAAUAUUUCCUGUUUGUAUAAAAUUUAAAAAUCCUUAGUGUUUUGCAUGAGUGCAUUUACAUAUUAUGAUAAGUCCUGAGAACAAAGAUAUUUUUUUAUUAUCUGAAUGUAUCGUAUUCUUAGUAAACCGUUGAAGUACCUAGUAACGGUUAGAAUAUUUAAAUAUUUUUGUUAAAACGUUAAUUUGAAAAAUGUAUUUAUUGUAAAAGGUAAUGGACUAACCAAGUAAGUAAUUAAUGUAAUGUUGUCUGUAUUAUGCCAUGAGUCGAGGACGAUAAAAAACUAUCUUUAUGUCUAUUUCGCUUUAAAGUCAAAAGUUGCAUUUGUGAGUGGUUGUAAACAAGAGUCACAAUGAAUAUUGCGUUUUAUUUUCUUUCUUUUUCAUCCGCAUCCCAUAUUGAAAUUAUUAAUUA